AUGUCAGCUGAAAAGGAAGAAGGUCUUGCUCGAUUAAUUCUUAAUUUUGCGGCAAACACUAGAAAGGUCUCAAAACAAAAAAGAACUAAGGGCUAUCUUGUGGCCAGAAGGAAUCUACUGGCUGAUUAUUGGAAGCGCUACAAUGACUUCCGUGACGACAUUUCUGCAGCAGACGUUAUUGAAGGCGAAGAGGACAAGGUUAAGACGACAUUAAGUGAAGCUCGUUUGGCAACAAUAGAAUCGGCAUACUGCGAAGCACUAGGUGAAAUACAUGAUGAAAUCGAAGAAUUUGACAAUCAUCGUAGUGAAAAUCAUCCAGCAACCAUACUCAAUCAUACAUGCGGUGGUUCUACAAAUACAUCAGCGUCAAAGCUUCCGAAGAUUAUUCUGCCAAAAUUCGAUGGCUCGUUUCAAAAAUGGUUAAGUUUUAAAGAUAUGUUUACAACAUGCGUUAUAAAUGAAGCUUGUUUGUCUGAUGUACAACGUCUGCAUUACUUAAAAGGCAGUUUACUAGGUGAAGCCGAAACUCUUCUUCGCAGUAUUAGUAUCCAGGAAAACAAUUUUGCUAUAGCCUGGGAUAUGCUCCAACAACGUUAUGACAAUAAGCGACGCCUUGUCAAGUCUUAUCUGCGCAAUAUCACGAAACUUCCGGCGAUAACCAAUGAGUCAGAUAGCGCCAUGCGAAAACUUUUGGAUACUACCACAGAAUCAGUCCGCGCAUUAAAGCAACUAGGACGGCCAACAGAACACUGGGAUGAUUGGCUUGUUCUACUUGUAACCGAGAAGUUAGACCCAGCGACAGUAAAAGAGUGGGAAAUGUCUUUGGAAUCUCCGAAUGUGUUACCAGAAUAUACAACUCUGGUGCAGUUUUUGGAAAAACGUAUUCAGGGCAUAGAAGCAGCUUCGUCGGCUUCCAAACCCAAAACUAAAGAACCGUCAUCUAAUAAUAAGUCAACAGCUCUGACUUCCAUUCGCAGUCAUCAGACCAAUGUAGGUCGUUGCCUAUGUUGCUCAGGUAAGCAUGCGUUAAUGUAUUGCGCUAAGUUUAAAAGGAAAGAACCAGCAACAAAGCUUGAACUAACUUUAAAGUUCAAACUAUGUCAAAAUUGCCUAAAAGCAAAUCACUCUACAAACGAGUGUCAAUCCUCAUACACCUGCCUGAGGUGUUCGCAGAAGCACCACACACUUCUUCACGAUAGCUUAUCGCUUCAACGUAGUAGCGUCGCUGCACUUCAUACGUGUCCAGACCACAGCGUUAACCGACUCACGAGCUAUGCUGAAACCUGCCUUCCAGCUGUUUUGCUGGCUACGGCUUAUAUUAAAGCGCAGUCCUCGACUGGACAGUACAUAAAACUUCGAGCAUUACUCGACAAUGGUUCGCAAGCAUCCUUCAUAAGCGAGUAUGCCGCUCAACAAUUAAGACUUCGUAGGAACCGGUUGCAAAUUCCUAUCACCGGUCUUGGCGGUCACAGCGUUGGUGACUCAAAGGGUAUAGUCACAUACACUCUACGUUCAUUUACAGACCCAGAGUCUAGUGUCAAUUGUUCUGCGCUCAUCCUACCAAGGUUGGGAAAUCUCCUACCUUUGAAGAGAGUCAAUCCAAAGCCCUAUAUCGACCUUCUAGAUCUCACACUAGCAGAUCCUAAUUUCUACGAGCCUUGCUCAAUUGACGUCAUCAUUGGCGCAGACCUCUACGGUCUCUUAGUAAAAGGUGGGAUCAAGCACACUGCCUGCGGUUCGGCCAUAGCACAAAAUACGUAUCUUGGCUGGGUUAUCUUCGGACGCAUACCCUGCUCUGCAUCUCCCCAACUAUGUACAACACAUUUCACGGCAACAACCACUGAUGACCUGAGCAGCUUAGUUCAGCAGAUGUGGAAAUUUCAUGAAUUUGAUGAGAUACUACCUCCAUCUAAAAUGACACAAGACGAAUUAUUCUGCGAAGAGUUUUUUAAAGACACUGUUCAGCGAACUAGCUCAGGGCGGUAUCAAAUUCGAUAUCCGUUUAAAGCCGAUUGUGAUCUUACAAAAUUAUCCAACUAG